AUGCCUCGCGGACCUAAGAAGCACCAGAAGCGCCUUAGCGCGCCUUCUCACUGGCUCCUGGACAAGAUGUCCGGAACCUACGCCCCCAAGGCCUCCCCCGGUCCUCACAAGCUCCGGGACUGCCUGCCCCUGAUCGUCUUCAUCCGCAACCGUCUCAAGUACGCCCUUAACGGCCGUGAGACCAAGGCGAUCAUGAUGCAGCGUCUGAUCAAGGUCGACGGCAAGGUCCGCACCGACCCUACCUACCCCGCUGGUUUCAUGGACGUCAUCGGCAUCGAGAAGACCGGCGAGAACUUCCGUCUCAUCUACGACACCAAGGGUCGCUUCACCGUCCACCGCAUCCAGGCUGAGGAGGCCGAGUACAAGCUCUGCAAGGUCAAGCGUGUUCAGCUCGGCAAGGGCGGGAUCCCAUUCUUGGUUACGCACGAUGCGAGAACCAUCCGUUACCCCGACCCCGCCAUCAAGGUUAACGACACUGUGAAGAUCGACAUUGCCACUGGCAAGAUCGCCGACUUCGUCAAGUUCGACACUGGUGUUGUCGCCAUGGCCACCGGUGGUCGUAACAUGGGUCGUGUCGGUGUCGUCACCCACCGUGAGCGCCACGAUGGUGGUUUCAACAUCGUCCACAUCAAGGACGCUAUUGACAACACCUUCGCCACCCGUGAGUCCAACGUCUUCGUCAUCGGUCAGGACAAGCCCUGGAUCUCCCUGCCCAAGGGCAAGGGUGUCAAGCUCUCCAUCGCCGAGGAGCGUGACCGCCGCCGUGCCCUCCAGUAG